AGGUCGGCUGUGCCCCCAGCUGCCCAAGAGUUGCUCGCGAACUUCACAACAGCAACCAUCAUCUAGCAGUGUGAUCUUUAUAUGGGACGUUGGCUUUUUCUUAUUACCGAUUUGUCGUCACAUUCACUAUUGCUACGGCUGCGGUACUUUCUCGAAGGAUUUUGUACGCUGUAGCUAUAAUCGUCAUCUAGAAAUAAAUAUUUUAUUUAAAACCAAAAAAUAUUAUUUAAAACAUGCAGCUCAUUUUGGUUGCAGCAACAUUCCUAAGUGUAACAAGUGGUCAAGAAUAUUUUCGGGAGCCUGAAAAAAUAAUAAGCGACUCGCGACAGGUAGGAGACAAACUUGGACAGUAUUCAGUGGCAUAUCAAACAGACGGUGGAAUUUUGCAAAAAGAAGUUGGAUCACGUAAGUACGCAGGAACCGCUGAUGAAGCACAAUUGAUUCAGGGAUCUGUGCAAUACAAUGCGCCCGAUGGAACACCGGUUUCAUUCAGUUGGUCUGCUGACGAAUUUGGAACCCAGAUACACGGGACGCAUAUCCCGACACCGCCACCAAUUCCACCAGAAAUUCAAAGGGCACUCGAUUGGCUCGCAAAGCAGCCUUCUACCACCGAGGAAAAUUAUGACGACGACGACUCUAGCAGUACACAACCACCUGCUAAAGAGUCGAGGCCUCUGGAGGCCGAAAAAAAAAUAGUUAAAGAUCCAAAAUUUCGAAAUCAAUUUAGACGUAAUUAAUCCGAUUGCGUUAAUGUUUUAUUUAUGUAUCAUUACUCAAUUAGUAUUAUGUUAAAGUUCAAACAUUGUUUACAAUAAAAUAUAUAUUUUAUUAAUUA